CAACUCCUACAUACCUUUUCUUGUACCAACUCUCUCUCUCUCUCUCUCUCUCUCUCUCUCUCUCUCUCUCUCUCUCUCUCUCUCAUGGCUAUUCCAAUGUUCACAAUAGUCCAUCUUCUACUCCCAUUCUUCUUCUUCAAUUUAAACUUCCAUGGCAUGUAUGCCGACUAUGGUACUGCAACUUUCUAUGGAGGAGAUGACGCAUCCGGCACAAUGGGAGGAGCUUGUGGAUAUGGAAACUUGUAUACCCAGGGCUAUGGAACCAACACUGCAGCACUAAGCACUCCUCUAUUCAAUAGUGGACUGACCUGUGGAGCAUGCUUUCAAAUUCAAUGUAUUAAUGACACACAAUGGUGCAUUCCUGGGUCAUCCGUUACUGUCACUGCUACAAACUUCUGCCCUCCAGGUUCUACUGGUGGGUGGUGCAACCCUCCUGGCAAAAACUUUGAUAUGGCUGUGCCAGCUUUUAGACAAAUUGCCCAGUUGGUCGCUGGAGUUAUCCCCAUAUCUUUCCAAAGAGUGCCUUGCGUGAAGACAGGGGGCAUAAUGUUUACAAUCAACGGCAACCCGUGGUGGAACUUGAUUUUGAUCACCAACGUGGCCUGCGCCGGCGAUGUCCAAUCGGCAUCGAUCAUGGGGUCCAACAUGACAGGGUGGGAAGCCAUGACACAGAACUGGGGGCAAAACUGGCAGAGUAAUACCUAUCUGGUUGGCCAGAGCCUCUCCAUUCAAGUCACCAUAAGCGAUGGAAGAACCGUAACCUCCUACAACGUGACAUCCUCUAAAUGGACGUUUGGACAAACUUUUGAGGGUGGUCAAUUCUCGUGUUAGUAUUGCAAAGGGGAAUCGAAUUUUAAGGGCUUGAAGUAGGUUUGGGAGUUAGACUCAUGGAAGUUGUUUAAAUAAAAAAUCCUAAUACUAUAAUUGGGAGCAAUGGAGAAAAUAAAUAUUUCCUACUAAGCCAGUGUUAUAGUGUUGUAUUGAGUGGUUUUUUAUUUGCUUUGUGUAUUGUAUAAGUACGUUAUAGUGCAUAUGUAUUGUGUUUUGUGUGGGAGAGGGAAAAGUCAGAGUGAGAGAGCAGGGAAUUACAGGAGGUAAUUUGCGGGUGAGAGAGUAAAAGAAAUAUGUGUGGAGGAAUUGUAAUUUUAUGGAGUAAUAGAAUUGUGUUUUAUUUUUGUGUGAAAA